AUGAUGAAGUACAUUAUAGCUGUGGUUGCUCUAUCAUGCUUUGUAUCAUGCAAGGUUUCAGCCCAAGGUUUCAACUUCGUGAAUUGCACCGCUAAAGAGGAUGGGAUUUAUAUGCAAGUGUCAUGCACUCAAUACAUAGAAUGUCGGGAUGAGGUGGAAACAAUAGUCAACUGCCCAAAAGGUCUGGUGUUUGACAUCAGUGACAUGCGAUGUGAAGUCCGUGCGAAUGUAGACCCUCCCUGUGGUGAUAAGAUGAACUGUACAGGUUUGACUAAUGACAGGUAUCCCUACUACGACCGUAACUGCACGUGGUAUUAUACAUGUAGAAACGAAAAAAUGAUUGGAAACGCACAAGAGUGUAUUCCAGAUACUGUUUUCGACAUUCUCCGACAGAUCUGUACAGUUCCCGAGGAUGUCUGCCCUCCAUGUGGCACAGGGGAAGGAUUUGUGGAACCGUGUCCAACAGACGCACCGCAACAUAAGGUUAAGGCAAAUAUAGACAAAAUGGCCGCCCCGGAAGACGUGUCACUCUUCAGCCUGGAAGAACUUAAAGACCUGGAAUAAAUUAUAUGAGCAACAAACACAAGACAUAACAUUUGUGAAAGGAUGCGUAUCACUAGAAAUUGAUAAUGUUUGUAAACUAUGAUGAUUCAGCCUACAGUAAAUUAAAUUCUUCGUUCAAGCAUAAUGCUGGCGAACAUUACCGAGAUAUUACUAUUUUUUAGCAAUUAAUCCUAGAGAACGCGUAGGAUUAUGGUCACCAAGGAUUAGUUCUUUCCAUAGUUUUAACUUCCUCUUAAAAACGCAUAACUAAACCUCCUUAAUACCGUAGUAUUGCUUCAUUAGGUUGAUUCAUCAAAAUGUAUAUAUCACGCCUAACCAUCGACAACGUACAGUGACAAAAUGUACUGUCGUACACUUUAGAUGUACUGUGACACUAUUAACUGAUUUGAAGCGAAGAAUAUGCUGUUGGUUUGAUGUAGGUUUUAAAAUU